AACGAACCACCCUUCAGUUCACAGCCAUUCUUCGAUGCGUGUUCAAGGUUUUGAACAGUUUUGUAGAAGUUUGCCACAUUCAAGUUGGACGCCAUGCCAGGCGACUUACCAGUCGCGCAAGGUCACGUGAGCGAACAGCCGAGCGACGCGAGGCAUCAUUCGGCGAACGGUAGUGCGACAGAUGCUGGCGGACAUGGGACCAACGGGAAAGACGAGGAAUUUGGCGAGAACGGCGCGCUCAAGGGAAACGGGAGUGCGUCGGGGAAACAGCACAUUCUGAGCGGACACGUGCUGCUGGAGGAGGUGCUGGAAACCGCUGACGUGGCGACGUUGACCCACGCGCAGCGCCAGGCGCUGGUAGAGCACGCGCUGAACACACUCGACCAGGACAAUGAAGGAUUCCUCUCCAACUUCGCCGCUAGGCUCGACAGGGUGGGAGUGGCCAUUCCCACGGUGGAGGUGCGCUUCGAGGACGUGCGCGUGGAGGCGGGCGUGUACGUGGGCGACCGCUCCGUGCCCACGCUUCCUAACUACAUGCGUGACGUGCUCUCCCAACUGCCCCGCGCGUUGCAUCUGCUGCCCGACUCGCGGCAGCGCCUUCCCAUUCUCAACGGCUGCUCGGGCAUCCUCAAGCCGGGCAGGUUGACUCUUCUACUGGGGCCUCCCGGGGCCGGCAAGAGCACUCUCCUGCAAGCGCUGGCGGCGCUGCUGCCCAAGGACGUUAAGUCGUCGGGCACGGUGACGUACAACGGGCACGAGCCGGGGGAGUUCUACCUGCAGCACACGGCAGCGUAUGUGCCGCAGACGCAGGCGCACAUAGGCGAGAUGACCGUCCGAGAGACGUUCGACUUCGCCGCCUGCAUGCAGGGACCUGCCUACCGCAAGGAUCUUGUGAGGGAGGUGGAGGAGAAGGAGAAGGAGGCGGGCAUAGAGGCGGACCCUAUCAUGCAGCAGAUGAUGAGGGCCAUGGCAUUGGAGGGGAGUGCUUCAAGUGUCGUCACGGACUACAUUAUUCACAUCCUGGGGCUGGACGUGUGUGGGGACACAGUGGUGGGCAGUGCGCUCAGGCGCGGCAUUUCAGGCGGGCAGAAGAAGAGAGUGGCCACGGGUGAGGCGCUGGUGUCGGCGAAGCAGGUGCUGCUGCUGGACGAGAUCAGCACGGGGUUGGACUCGUCCACGACGUUCCUCAUCACGCGCUGCCUGCGCCACAUCUCGCACCUGCACCGCGCCACCACGCUCGUGGCUCUCUUACAGCCCGCGCCCGAGACGUACGAGCUGUUUGACGAUGUGCUGCUGCUGGCCGAGGGCCACGUGGUGUUCCACGGGCCCCGGGAGGCCGUGCUGCCCUUCUUCCGCUCGCUCGGCUUCCAGUGCCCGCCCAGGAAGGGCGAGGCCGACUUCCUGCAGGAGGUGCUGUCAGUGAAGGACCAGGGGCAGUACUGGGCGAACUCGGAGCAGCCGCACUGCUUCAUCCCCGCACAGGCGCUCGCUGCUGCCUUCAACGACACUCAGCGCGCCAAGGAAGUGCAGGCAGAACUCUCGACGCCGUUCCCCAAGGAGCGCAGUCCCAAGGGCGCGCUGGAGCACCGGCGGUACGUGCUGACGGCGCGCGAGAUCUUCUCAGCCAUGGUGCAGCGGCAGCUGCUGCUGUUCCGGCGCACGUCCUUCAUCUACAUGGCGUCCAUCGCCAAGAUCAUCCUCAUGGCGCUCGUCACCGCGACCGUCUUCCUCUUCCCCGAGAUGUCCGUGUCAGUAGCAGGCGGGCAGAUCUACCUGGGCGCCAUCUUCUUCGGCCUCAUCGUCAUGCUCUUCAACGGCGGGUCCGAGACGCCCAUUCUGAUCGAGCGCCUGCCCAUCUUUUACCGCGAGAGGGAUGCGCUGCUGUACCCCGCGUGGUCGUAUGCCAUUCCCAUGGCGCUCAUCUCCAUACCGUACUCGUUCGCGCUCGCCAUCGCCUGGACGUCCAUUGUCUACUACCUCGUUGGCUUCGCUCCGCAGCCUGACCGGUUCUUUGCGCAGCUGCUCAUGUGGUUCCUCAUCCACCAGGUCGGCAUGUCGCUCUUCCGCUUCGUCGCCAGUGUGGGCCGUAGCCGCGGCGUGUCCAACACCUUUGGCGUCUUCGCCCUCAUCAUCCUCUUCCUGCUCGGCGGAUUCGUCAUUGCCAAAGAGAACAUCCCCCCCUGGUGGAUCUGGGCGUACUGGAUGUCUCCACUGGCCUAUGCGCAGAACGCGCUCGCAGUCAACGAGUUCAAGGCGCCCAGGUGGCAAGUGCCAGUGCCGGGGCUGAACAGCACGGUCACGAUGGGCGACAUGAUUCUCAUGUCGCGCUCGCUGCCCACCGAGGACUACUGGCGCUGGAUCGGCAUUGGCGCCUUCGUUGGCUUCAUCCUCAUCUUCAACUGCCUCACCAUCCUCGCCCUCACCUACCUCAACCCGUUCGCCCCGGCGCAGCAGGUGGUGUCAGAGGAGCAGCUGGAGGCGCGGCACGUGGCACGCACGGGGGAGAUGAUUGACAGCACCAAGCGCAGCACGGCCAGCAGGAAGCGCACCAAGUCUAAGGGCAGCAGGAGCAGCGGGGCUCUCGACAAGUACAGGAAGAAGAGCGCGGACAGUGGCGGAGACCCGUCGGCCCUAGCGGAAGCAGGCGAGGCGGGUGUGCGUGGCAUGGUGCUGCCGUUCGAGCCGCUGACCCUCUCCUUCAGCAACGUGAACUACUACGUGGACAUGCCCCCCGAGAUGAAGGCCGAGGGCGCCACCGGCGACCGCUUGCAGUUGUUGCGCAACGUGUCAGGGGCCUUCCGCCCCAAGGUGCUCACCGCCCUUGUGGGGGUGUCGGGCGCGGGCAAGACCACCCUCAUGGACGUGCUGGCAGGGAGAAAGACCGGGGGGUAUAUUGAGGGCGAUGUGCGCGUGUCGGGGUAUCCGAAGGUGCACGAGACGUUUGCGCGCGUGUCGGGGUACUGCGAGCAGGACGACAUCCACACACCGCAGGUCACCGUGUACGAGUCGCUGCUGUACUCCGCGUGGCUGCGCCUUCCCAAGGACGUCGACACGGACGUCAGAGAGGACUUUGUGGAGGAGGUGAUGCAGCUGGUGGAGCUGGAGGCGCUGCGCGGCAGCAUAGUGGGGCUGCCGGGGGUGAACGGGCUGUCCACGGAGCAGCGCAAGCGCCUCACCAUAGCGGUGGAGCUGGUGGCCAACCCCUCCAUCAUCUUCAUGGACGAGCCCACCUCAGGGCUGGACGCCAGGGCGGCGGCCAUCGUCAUGCGCACCGUGCGCAACACGGUCAACACGGGCCGCACCGUGCUGUGCACCAUCCACCAGCCCUCCAUCGACAUCUUCGAGGCCUUCGACGAGCUGCUGCUCAUGACGCUGGGAGGCCAGGUCACGUACUUCGGCCCUCUGGGCGUGCACUCCCAGCAGCUCAUCGACUACUUCCAGGCGGUGCCAUCUGUGCCUCGUAUACCAGCCGGCUACAACCCUGCCACGUGGAUGCUUGACAUUACCACGCCGGCAGCAGCGGAGCGCACGGGCGUUGACUUUGUUGACCUCUACCACAAGUCCGACCUCUUCAGGCGCAACGAGCAGCUGGUGGAGUCCCUCAGGACGCCCCCCCCGGGGCAGCAGGACCUGCACUUCGCCACGGAGCACUCCACGUCCUUCCUCACGCAGCUGUACGUGAACCUGUGGAAGCGCGCCGCCAUGUACUGGCGCGCGCCCGACUACAACGCUGUGCGCUACAUCUUCUGCUGCACCUUCGCGCUGCUCAUCGGGCUGGUCUUCUUCGGGCUGGGCAAGAAGACCAGCACCAUGCUCGACGUCUUCAACGUCAUGGGGGCUCUUUAUACCACCGCCAUCUUCAUGGCGUGGAACAACUCGUCCGCCGUGCAGCCGCUCGUGGCAGUGGAACGCACCGUGUACUACAGGGAGAAGGCCGCGGGGCUGUACGGCGCCCUGCCGUACGCGCUGGCACAGGGGCUGAUCGAGCUGCCGUACGUGCUGCUGCAGACGUUUGUGUACUGCAUCAUCACGUACGCACUGAUCCAGUUUGAGUGGACGGCGGGCAAGUUCUGGUGGUACAUCUUGUUCAUGUUCAUCACGCUGCUCUGCUUCACCAUGUACGGGCUCCUCGCCAUCUCCAUCACGCCCAACGAGCAGCUCGCCAUGCUGCUCUCCUCCUUCUUCGUGCCCUUCUGGAACCUGCUCUGCGGCUUCAUCAUCCCCCGCCCGCAAAUCCCGGUGUGGUGGCAGUGGUUCUACUGGCUCACGCCCAUCUCGUACAGUCUCUAUGGCUUCAUCGAGUCGCAGCUGGGAGACAUCACGACACCGAUAUCGGUGAACGGGGUGGCGGGCACGCAGACGGUGGAGAGCUUUUUGCGAGACUACUUCGGCUUUGAGUACUGGUUUCUGCCAUACGCCUCGCUCAUCCUCAUCGGCCUCUCCAUUGUCUUCUUCUGCUGCUACGCCUAUGCCGUGCGGAAAAUCAACUUCCAGAGGCGCUAGGUUUUUGGGAGCACCUUGUUUCUGACCCCUGUUUACGAAUAGAGCACCCUGUAGUGUGUGCUUAUUUCACGCUCACCCUUGGCUAGCUGACGGGCAUUCAUGAACGUUUCAGGGCGAGGUUAGGCUGUGAAGACUUGAGCUGACCGUUCUGUCAGACCACCAGAUAUAUUUACACUUGUCUGAUUGUCCAGAGGAAAGCCUUA